AUGUCUCUCCCACCACCUGGUACCUCAGGACUUCCGAUGGUUCAUACUUCGGGGAUCCCCGCUGACGUGCUCAAUGCCAUCACACGACGCGUCUAUGACGAGAUGCCAAUACACUUGAUAUACAUACCUGAAUUUCGGCUUAUGGACAGGAUGGCCGUGCGAGAGCACGUCGAAGCCAUGCUGACCAAGAACGCGGGGCUUGUCGAACAACUUCCUCGCCAACAGCGCAACAAUCAUGGCCACGACCCACGAGGACUGGCCCUCGGCAGGCUGGUGGAGGCGCGAACGCGGUAUGCCAUCCUCUCUCACCGGUGGCUGAACAGGGAGCCGACGUACUCGGAGAUGCUGCAGGCCCCUGAUUCCGCUCAGCGCCCCGGGAGUCCUGGGUACGAAAAGCUGCAGAGAUUCUGCAGUGUGGCGGCGCACCUCGGCAUCGACUUUGCGUGGACCGAUACGUGCUGCAUCGACAAGGGCAGCAGCUCCGAACUCGACGAGUCCAUCCGCUCUAUGUAUCGGUGGUACCACAACGCGGCGAUAUGCAUCGUGUACUUUGCUGAUACUACAUCGCUCGAGGACCUGCCCCACGAUGAGUGGUUCACUCGGGGAUGGACACUGCAGGAGUUGCUGGCCCCGAGGAGGGUCAAGUGUUUUGGAAGGGGGUGGGUCCCGCUGACGAGUGCGCAGGCUGACAUCGAUAAGGACACCGCGGCAGCCGGCGGCGUGCGGAAGUUUGUCUCUACACCGCUGCUGCAGCACUUGGCCUCGGGUGCGGGGAUUCGAGUCGAGGACAUGAUGUCCUACUCCCCAGGCCCCACCGACGUCCCAAAGCGCAUGGCCUGGGCGGCGAGACGAACGACAACCAGAGGCGAGGAUCGAGCAUACUGCUUGAUGGGGAUGUUUGGUGUUAGCAUCCCCACCGCGUACGGCGAGGGACCCGACCUGGCGUUCUUCAGGCUUGUAGAGGCGAUCAUCCAGGUCUCCAACGACCCCGCCAUCUUGGACUGGAUAGGCUCGCCUGCGGCCACGAGCCACCCAACACGAAUGGUGCCUUCAUCGCCGGGCUGCUACCUGGGGCGCAUCACCCGGGACGAAGAGGAGACUGUACUGUUCGGCGAGGAACCGCUCGUUCUGACCAACAAGGGGCUGCGCAUGGAGAUGUUCAUCGUGCGUGUGCCAGACAUCCGGUUUGCCCGUGAUAUCGACAAGUCUGGGACGAGGGCCAUCUUUCCGUGCAGGUCAGAAUGGUUCGUGGAAAGAGAGGUUCAUGUGGACACAGGCGGAACGCACAAAUUCAUUUUGGAAGAGGCUUACGCUAUUGGCAUCUGGGGUUGUCGAGGUACGCGGGCGGCCCGAUAUUUUGCCUGCAUCCUUGCGUCCCCGCUCGACCCGAAGUCCAGUCUGAAAUACUGGGCCAAAGUCGAGGAACAUACCAAUUACAUCUUGCUAACCCCGUCCGAAAAGUUCAGGAGCUACUUGAAUGCCAAGCACCGGCAGGGAGAUCUACAGUUGGAGACGGUAUAUCUGUAG